AAUGUUUUAUCUUUGAAAGCUAAUGGCCUGAAGCUGCCAAGAUCGUAAUUACUUCUGUAACAUCACCUGCAAAGAAAGGUCUACUGAUGGGAUUAAGAGCAAAUAGUAUUGAAUCAAUCUAAUUUCCUUUCACAUGUGGCUAAGAGCCUUGUAGUUAAGAGAGAAGCAGUGGAUGAUAUUUAUCUUAAAACUUAGAAGACAUUUCACAGGAUAUAAGGAACUGAAACAUGGUUUUGGUUAAUAUUCUAUGAAGUGGUGUAAACUGUCUGGAAGCUCACAGUUAUAACCACAUCAAUUAUCAGUACUUCAUUAGUACUAGUAAAAGAAAAACCCACCCCAAAACAAGUAGAUUUAUCCUAGCUAGAGGUCUCUGUGGUUUAAGUGAAUGCCCCAAAUGAAAUAUAGUUACUGUAUUUGCAGAGGACACAAACGAAGGAAGGACCAAGUUCUUGGCCAAUCAUUUUAUGAGCCAAGACAAUCCAAAGGCACCGACAAGCUGAAUGAAUGCCCAAGACGAGAUUCAGGGGGGAACGAGUACAACACUAGGGAGAAUAAGCCCAACUCCAUUUGCGAUUGUUCCCUUGGGUCUAGUUUUCUUACAGAAAGCAGCAUAGAGCAGCCUUUUUGUGCGGCUUCACGGUGCCGCAGCUCAGCACUUUAUCCGGGAAGGCCUUGGUCUAUUCCAUCAUGCCGCAGCAGUUCUCUCAACGCAAAAUUCUUCAUCUCCAGCAAGCUUUCCGCUCUCUCCAGGGCCUGCUGGUUCCGCCUAACCUUAACCGCGCUUCCCGGUACUCGGCUGUCCUCGGCGUGCGUAGGGACCGGAACAGGCACCGAGCGGGAGGAGGCCCGGCCCUGCGCAGGGGGCGGGCCGCGGCGCGGCGAGACGGCGCCAUCUCGGCGCGCCCGGGGCAGGGGGCGGCAGAUAUGGGGGCUUUAGCGUGGCGCUGGGUGCUGCGCGCUGCCCACUUCAUCUGCAGCGGGGGAAAGGCUUCAGCGGCGGCGCUGCGCCACCCGAGCUGUGGGCCUGCUAUUUGCGCCGCUCCGUUUGGCGCCUCCGCGUCAUCAAGCUCCGGGGAUGAUGUUCUGAGGGAUAAACGCACACGGAUCCUGUCCCGCGGGCUGCCAAAACAGAAGCCCAUAGAAGGAGUUAAGCAGGUGGUGGUUUUGGCUUCUGGAAAAGGGGGAGUUGGAAAAUCAACAACAGCAGUAAAUAUAGCCCUCGCCCUAGCAGCAAAUGAUGCGACAAAAGAAGUUGGUCUACUUGAUGCAGACAUAUAUGGACCUUCAAUUCCAAAGAUGAUGAACUUAAAAGGAAACCCAGAAUUAACACCAAAAAAUCUAAUGAGGCCCCUUAAGAACUAUGGAAUCGCAUGCAUGUCUAUGGGUUUCUUGGUAGAAGAGACUGCACCAGUUGUGUGGAGGGGACUCAUGGUAAUGUCAGCUGUUGAGAAAUUGUUGAGACAGGUUGACUGGGGCCAGCUGGACUAUUUAGUAAUUGACAUGCCACCUGGGACUGGAGAUGUACAGCUGUCAGUUUCACAGAAUAUUCCAAUUGCAGGAGCUGUAAUCGUCUCUACUCCACAAGAUGUGGCUUUAUUGGAUGCGCACAAGGGAGCCGAAAUGUUCAGAAAAGUCCAUGUACCAGUUUUAGGUCUGGUUCAAAAUAUGAGUGUUUUCCAGUGUCCAAAAUGUAAGCAUGAGACACACAUUUUUGGAGCUGAUGGUGUAAGGGACCUAGCUAAAACCCUUGGAUUGGAUGUUUUAGGAGACGUUCCACUGCAUGUUAAUAUACGGGAGACAUGUGAUGCAGGGCAGCCCGUUGUCAUCUCACAGCCUCAAAGUGAUGCCGCUAAAGCCUAUCUAAAGAUAGCUACGGAAAUAGUAAGACGACUGCCAGUGCCUCCUGCUUGAAGUGUUUAUUACUGAAACUUGCCAAAAUGUGAGGGUUUUUUUGGUGCAACCAAAGGAGAAGACUCUUAAUACCUGAUGGUCUGGAUGCAGUAUUUUAGUUCUUGGGACUUUUUUUUUUAGGAAUUAAAUUAUGAUUGUGUUUUUCAAAUUAUUGUUUGGCCAUAAGUAUGCAGAAGAUGAUAGAUGGCAUUUAACUGCUGGAUUGUAACAUCAUGAAGCAAGAAGGGAUGAAGUUCCUAUUUCACAUGCCCUGCUGUAAGAACAAGAAUGAAACCCAUCCACUUCAGCCAAGCAAAAGUAUGAGAGAGAUGUCAAGGCACAAGUCCUGCUUGAAAAAUGGCACUUGCUGUACUCCAUUUUCUAUCAGUUUUAGUUCAACUUUUUACUUGGUUGACUGCCAAGCUGUCCUUAAUUCUGCAAGAUUUUAAGAAGCAAAUUUAGUUAUGUAACUGCAGUACUUCUCUGUGUCCAUCUUAAAAUAAAAUUAAAUGCUGUGCAUUCUAGCGAUGGUUCAUGAGCAAAUUCAUUCAUUACUGGAUAAUGUUCCAUCAUGAGGCAGUUCUCAGUUUAGUGGAGAAUGGAUUACAUGACCCUGGGGCUUAUUCUUAACUUCUUUGCGUUAUAAUAGACCCAAAAGUAAGACUAGGUAAGCAAUUUCUCCACUGAAAAACAGAUGUGUCUGAUCUCAGUUUACCAGUGGAUGCAGAUGAUCAAUAUAAAUUCAAUGUAUGAUGCAUAUUCCUAUUACAAUGCAGCAACUUGGAAUCUGGAUGUAAAGAAAUAUUUUUUGAAGGAAAGAAAAAUGUCAUUAAACUCUCUGGCCUUCUA